UAAUUGAUAUAUAUUCUUCUCUCAUACAGUAUAUACUGACCAGUGUCCAAUCUCUCCAGCUAACCCGCACCUCUUCUGUCUUCCUCUUCCUCAGAUCUACUCCUCCAACUCCUUUUCAGAAUAGGGCAGGCCUCCAAGAGAGCACAAGGAAACAAGAACAAGAUACAAAAAGACAAGGCAGUAGACUUCAUACUGAUACUGUACAAGGCAACCCGAUAAGAGGAAAAGAGUCUUAGAAGCAGAAUGGAAUAACCUAUGAUGACGUGCAUGUAAACUUCACUGGAGAAGAGUGGGCUUUGCUCAGUCCUUCCCAGAAGAGGCUCUACAAGGAUGUGAUGCUGGAAACCUACAGGAACCUCACUGCUAUAGGUUACAAUUGGGAAGACCAUAAUAUUGAACAUUUUCAACAUUCUAGAAGACAUGGAAGGCAUGAAAGAAGUCAUACUGGAGAAAAGCCUUCUGCAUAUACUCAGUGUGGCAAAGUGUUUGCAUAUCAGAGUCAUCCUCAAAAUCAUGACAGAAUGCAUGUAGGAGAGAAAAGCCAUGAAGGUAUUCAACAUGGUAAAGCCUUUACACAUCACAGUCACCUUCAAAGACAUGAAAAAAUUCAUACCAGUGAGAAACCUUAUGAAUGUAAUCAGUGUGGUAAAGCCUUUGCACAUCGUAGCUACCUUCGAAAGCAUAAAAGAAUUCAUAUUGAAGAGAAACCCGAUGAAUGGAACCAAUGUGAUCAAGGUAAUCUCCAAAUACAUAAAAGGACACAUACUGCACAGAAGCCCUAUGAGUGUAAUCAGUGUGGUAAAGCCUUUAGACGGCACAAUAGUCUCCAAGUACAUAAAAGAACACACACUGGAGAGAAACCCUACAAAUGUGAUCAGUGUGAUAAAGCCUUUUCACAACAAGGUCAUCUCAGAAUACAUAAUAGAACACAUACUGGAGAGAAACCCUAUGAAUGUAAUCAGUGUGGUAAAGCCUUUGCAGUUCACAGUACUCUUCAAAUACAUAAAAGGACACAUACUGCAGAGACACCCUAUGAAUGUAAUCAGUGUGGUAAAGCCUUUAGGCGGCACAAUACCCUCCAAAUACAUAAAAGAACACAUACUGGAGAAAAACCAUAUAAAUGUGAUGAAUGUGAUAAAGCCUUUUCACAACAAGGUCAUCUCAGAAUACAUAAAAGAACACAUACUGGAGAAAAACCUUAUAAAUGUAAUCAGUGUUGUAAAGCUUUUGCACGCCAUAGUCAUCUUCUAAUUCAUGAAAGAAUUCAUACUGGAGAGAAACCUUACAGAUGUAAUCAAUGUAAUAAAGCCUUUUCACAAUAUGGUGGUCUUCAAAUACAUAAAAGCACACAUACUGCUGAGAAGCCCUAUGAAUGUAAUGAAUGUGGUAAAACUUUUUCACAACACAGUUAUCUCCGAACACAUAAAAGAACGCAUACUAGAGAGAAACCCUAUAAAUAAGCAAUGUGAUAAAACCUUUGUGUGUAGUCUUAGAAAUCAAGAGCCAAUUCAUACUGCAGAGGAACCCUAUAAAUAUAGUCAAUGUGGUAAAGUUUUGCACUUCAUAGAAUUGUUAAACAAGAAUAAAAUCUUUGAUGUUAUCUGUUAAUGCUUUUGCACAUCACAGUAUUUUUGAGUGCUGAUAAAACUCAUACUGAAUGGAAUCUGCGACUAUAAAAGAUUUGGUAAGAUUUUUAGCCAAUACAUUUACAUAGAAGAUUAUGUAUUCAUGGGAAUAAAUCUGACAUCUUCCAACAAUGUAUUCAAGAAUUAUGUCCCUCUAUUAUGCACUGACGACCUGGAAGAAAUAUAAGAUUGAUUGCAUCAGAAGUAUCUGAGACCUUGGCACUUUAAAGAAGUUUCAUAGUCCCAAAUCUCUACAAAAUGAAGAAGAGUGAAAAGAAAGAUCAGGAGAGAAACUGACAAGUCUUAAAAAGGGGCUGAGCACUUGACCAAUGCCACAAGACAGUUUAUCUCAAAUGUGGU